AUGAAGCAGCUGGUCUCCGACGCGGUAGAUAGCAACGCCCUCAGCGGUGCCUUCGCGACGGCCGCGUCGGCAGCACCAGCUGCCAUCGAGGCGGCCAUCCAGCGAAAGGCCGAAGAGACCAGCCGGGCCGAAGCCAAGUACUCCACCUGGCCCCAGUUCCUCGCCGCUUUCGUCGUGAACCUGAACACGUUCGCGUACGGAGCGGGCGUGGGCUGGACGACGAUGGCGCUGCCGCAGCUGCAGUCCGCCGAGGCGGGGCUGCGCGACCCGCCGCUGACGACGGACGAGGUCUCCUGGGUGUCGUCGCUGCAGCCCAUCGCGGCGCUCGUCUUCACCCCUCUCUACUGCGGCCUGACGGCGCGCAUCGGCCGCAAGGCGCUCGGCUACCUGACCAUCGCGCCGCUGAUGCUCACCUGGAUACUCAAGAUAGCCUCCUCCUCCACCAUCGUCCUCUAUAUCGCCAGGGUGGUGGCCGGGGCGAACGCGGCCGGGUCGCUGGUGCUGCCCUCUAUCUACGUGAGCGAGAUCGCCAGUGACGACGUGCGCGGCGCGCUGGGCAGCUUCCUGGCGCUCGCCGGCAACUCAGGCAUCCUCUUCGCUUACAUCGUAGGCGCUUACCUCACUUACGACGUCGUCCUCUACGUCUGUCUCCUCCUAGUGGCACUCUACGUCGUCACCUACUUCUUCAUGCCAGAAACUCCGUUCUGGUUAAUGAGUGCUCGGAAGUACGAAGACGCCAAGAAGUCCCUCCGCUGGCUGCGCCGCGGGAUAACGGAGGACCAGCUGGAGCUCGAGAUGGCCCGGCUGGAGGCGUCGCUGGGCAGGGAUAGCAGCAGCGGCGGCGGCGGGGGCGGCGCAGCCCAUGGGGCGGCGGUGGGCGGCCGACUGUGCUCCGCCGUCAGCCUGGUCGGCAUCUCGCUCGUCAUCGUGGUCGCCAUCAACCAGCAGAUGGGCGGCCUCUUCGCCGUUGUCAACUACGCCGUCUUCAUCUUCCAGGAGUCCGGCAGUUCUCUCUCGCCAGAGCUCGCGGCCAUCGUCAUAGGUCUGCUACAGGUGGCUGGUGGUGUUGCAUCUGCGCCGCUCAUGGACCGAUUGGGACGUCGCGUCAUCUUGCUACUUUCCAACGUGUGCGUCGGGGUCUCGGUGACGGUGCUGGGCGUGUACUUCUACCUCAGGACGGAGACCGACGUAGACGUCUCGCUGAUAGGCUGGCUGCCCGUCACGUGCCUCUCCGUCUACCUGCUGAUGAUGGCGUUCGGCCUGGGCCCGAUGCCGUACAUACUGCUGUCGGAGAUCGUCGCUCCUCGCGUCAGAGGCGUCGCGUCCGUCCUGGCUUUCAGCGCCAUCUGGGGGUCAGCGGCGCUCAUGACCAAGCUCUACCCAUUCAUGUCGGAGGCCAUGGGCGUCCACGGCACCUUCUGGUUCUUCGCGGCUAUCUGCCUCGCGUGUUCCGUCAUCGGGCUUUCAACGCUGCCCGAGACGAAAGGACGACCGCUGGAGGAUAUUCUGAGGGAUCUCAAAGGUGGCAAGGAAACUGUAGACACAGUCUCGUAGUUAUGAUUAUGUUCGGUACAGAACCUUCAUACGCGUAAAAAAAAAAAAAAAAUGUACUACACCACUCGCAGAUGACUUCCGGGACGGUAUGCUCUACAUACGUCAACUGGACAGCUUCGUCGUACCCCAGAUGCGUGUGUCGAUCUCUGUCCAGAACAAGCUUUGAUGAUUGUCAGUCACGUUCAACGAAUGACAAUGAACUCGUUGACAGAGAUUACAAGUCUUUGUCCAGGAACUUCAGCCUGUUUUUGGGCUAUAUUUAUAUAAUUUCCUUAUAGCUUUUGAAACAAUAGUCACUGGGUAUAAACGAACGUUUCAUUUCUCCACACAUCUGUUGCAUCCUAUGUCCCUGCUGGAAAUGAUGUUCUGCGUUGCCCCUGAUGCCAGAUCUAUAACGUUGUGGUGAAUUUGGGGCCGUGAAGCGUGUCAUCGACAGACAAAAAAUGUGACAGUCUCUCUGCACUAAGCGUGGGUUAUAUGAUGAAUAUGAAACAAUCCACUGCGUAGUAUUGCUCCUGCUGUGUGGAGAAAUGUGCUGUCUUGAUGCAACGAGACUUCUUCGGACGACAUUGACCUUCGUUUGUUGCGAAUCGGAGAAGUACAGAGUAUCCAGAACGUAUUUUUACUCUGCGGGGCAGUACGCGCUGAUUUGAAACUUCCUGGAAAAUCAAAUCUGUGAGCCAUCUGGACUCAAACCCGGCACCUUCGCCUUUCACGAUCAAGUGCUCUACUGACUGAGCUUUCCAUGCACGAUUCACAACCAGCUCUCACUGCCGCCGCAGAAGAACAUCUGUGACGUUCGGAAGGUUCUAGAUCAGGUGCUGGCGGAAGUAAAGCUGCGAGAUAGGGUUGUGAUUUGUCGUGGGAUAUCUCAGUAGCUCCGUGACUUGCCUGUGAAAGGUAAAGGUCCCAAGAUCGAGUACAUGUCCGGCACUCAGUUUUAGUUGAUAAAAGAUGCUGUGUGGUCUGAAAUAUUUUAGCGACGGCAAACGUUUAUAAUGUGGUGGAUUUUAUCCACUUGACAUCUAGUACAUGAGGUCAGCGUAAAAUGAACAUGGUUUACUACAAAAAAAUGUGUAAGAUCUAAAGAUGACAGCUAAGACUGUUGAAAGCGGUUGUCUUCAAUAAAAAAAUUUUUUGUGUGAUCUUGGCCGUUGAAUGGUUUUUAGCAAAUAAAAUAGACUGCCCUUCAGUAUUCCCAUAAUGACAAAAAUCAAUCACACAGUUUUAAUCUGGCAGGAAGUUUCAAGCGUAGAGUAUCUCCACUAUAUCUAUCCAUCGAUAUAGUAUUUAUAGCACGUUGUUUCCCGAUGGUGCAGCCUCGGAAUGGAGAACCCAUAUGUGCGCCAUUGUAUCGGAAGGAAGAUUCAGAUUUAGAGCCACGUGCACAACGAGGUCAUUGCAGACUGAGAACAAGGUCUGUCGUCGAUGCGAGAAAAGAGAUCAGCCAUCCUUUCUUCAGAGAAAUCAUCCCAGCAUUUACCUGACAUGAGUUGCGGAAACCACGAAUAAAUCAAAUCUGGAUGGCCGGACAGAGAUUUGAACAGUCAUCCUACAGAAGUCGAGCAUUUUAGUUCCAGUGACUAGUCAUAUAUGGGGGUACCCCCUAGUGACAUACAAGUUAAUGUGUUAAUCACUCAGAGGAAACCGCAUUUCCUACUUGACUUCUUGCUGUAU